AUGGCCUGGAGAGUUGAAAUAAUAAGACGUUACAUCUUUCGAACUCUAAUUCGUUUGCUAUUUCGUUUUGUUCUCUUUAGGUAUAUUACAUUUUUUGUUAGUCUUUUUCAAGUAGAGGUUGGUGACUUCACAGCACUCAGAGCAUUCCGUGUAUUAAGAGCAUUAAAGACCAUAUCAGUCGUCCCAGGAUUAAAAUCAAUUAUAAAUGCAUUGCUCCGGUCAAUGAAAAUGCUUGGAGAAGUUAUGCUGUUAACGUUUUUCGUGCUGAGUAUUUUUGCAUUGUUAUCAUUGCAAGUUUACAUGGGGACUUUAAAGCAGAAAUGCGUUGCAUCACUAGAUAUAACAGAAAUUAAUGAAACUGAAGAAUUUUGGGGAAGUUUUGUUAACAAUCAAACAAAUUGGUAUAUGUGGGACAAUAACCCAGUCGUCUGCAGCAAUAUUUCAGGACCAGGCGGUGGAUGGAGCGAUUGUCCCGCAAAUUACACAUGUCUACCAGAUAUAGACCCGAAUCCAAACUAUGGAUAUACGAGCUUUGAUAACUUUGGCUGGGCAAUGCUUACGUGUUUUCAGUUAAUUACACUCGACUAUUGGGAAAACGUUUACAAUUUGGUUAUUCGAGCUUCGGGGCCUUGGAACAUGUUAUACUUUCUGAUGACGACAAUGCUGGGUGCAUUUUACCUUAUCAACCUUAUGUUAGCUGUCGUCUCUAUGGCGUAUACAGAGGAAGUGGAAAGUGGAGGCGGAAAAGACAUGAAAAAAGAGAAAGAAUCUGUCAUGACAAUGAAUGCAGAAAAGCUGCGCAAAAUGGCUGAACGAAAACAGAAAAUAAAGCUACGAAAGAAACAAAAACUGCAACAACAGAAAUUGGAAGAGGAAGCACGGAAGGAACAAGAAGACCAAGGAAAAGAAAAAACAACACUACCUGAUCAAACAAAUACAGACACGAACAGAGAAAUAUUAAAAGAUGAAACGACAUCUAAAGCAUCAGACGAUUUAAUUGAAGAGAAUGAUGAUGAUAAUGACUCAAGAUUCGCAGACUCUAGAGAUAUGAACUCUACAACGGGUGUCAGCAAAGGUGGUAACAAGCAAGACGAUACAUCUCGAAAAAUUGAUGAAAGUGACAGUGUUCAUAUUUGCGACUACAAGUGGUGUUGUAUGUGCUGCAGACAACACGUCAGGGUGUCCAAGAAAGUUUACCAUUAUUGGCAGAAAUUCAAAAUGGCCGUGUCAUGGGUCGUACUUGACCCACUAUUUGAUCUCUUUAUCACAUUAUGUAUUUUGUUGAAUACAAUAUUCCUGGCGCUUGACCAUUAUAACAUUAGCCUCACGUUGAUGCAGGUUCUAACGAUCGGAAAUACAAUAUUUACAAUCAUUUUCACGGUGGAAUGUGCAGCCAAAGUCAUAUCGCUUGAUGUGAAAUAUUUCCGGACUAGUUGGAACCUGUUUGACCUGGUCAUCGUCAUUGUCAGUCUUAUCGAGCUACUCCUCUCUGGUUCAGAUGGGAGCGGGCUAUCGGUACUUCGAACCUUCCGAUUGCUUCGUGUUCUCAAGCUGGCGCAGUCGUGGACGACGAUGCGGGUUCUCCUUUCUAUCAUCGGGAACACGGUGGCAGCCGUAGGAAAUCUGUCACUUGUGCUUCUUAUCAUUAUAUAUAUAUUUGCUGUUAUUGGAAUGCAACUGUUUGGUGGAGACUACAUUGCGGAAAGUUUUGAUGAAGGGGUUGUUCCCAGGUGGAAUUUCGUAGACUUCCAGCAUUCCUUAAUGGUGAUCUUCCGAAUCUUGUGUGGCGAGUGGAUCGAACCUUUGUACGACUGCAUGCGGUGCUCUAAUGCCGGGACGUGUAUUCUUGUGUUUAUUUUAACAGUAAUCAUUGGUAACAUUAUGGUAAGGAACUAUGAAUCCAACGUGAAAACCGACGUGAUCAAAGUUAUAGAAUAUACAAGUUGUAGAACAGUCAUAGAAGAUCUUAGCAAUAGCUCCCCGGAUGAAUCACGUAUGAAUCUUGCAUUUGCGAAACUUAAAACGUUCUUCAAAUCUGUCUGCGUUUCCAAAUGUUGCAUGAAACAGAAUAAAGUUGGUGACACUAAAGAAACUUUCAUUACAAAUGAAACCGGCAAGGAGACAGGAAAAGUAUUGAUCAUUGUCGACGAGGGCAGCACACAAGAUGUGAAUAACGCAAAAGAACCAAAAUUAUUGGAAAUGAAAACAAUUUCUCCGGAAGAGGAUAAUAAAAGUAACGUGUUAGCUUUAAAAGCAUCCGUGGUAUCAAAAUCAAGAUCUGCAAACUCUAUUCAAUCAAAUGGACACCUUCCAAGCAAUCAAAUAAAUGGGAACGAAAACGCUGUUAGCGUUCAGGAUAUCAGCCAUGCUGUUGGAACGCAUCGAGCAGAAACUGUGUCGUUAGAACGCAAUGUGGAUAACAAAAGAAUAACGACACUCAUCACUACAAACGAAGAAACUGGAGAAAGUGAAGUUGGUAAAGAGGAACGUAAUGGAACUGAGCAGGGGGUCGUUGUCAUCGACGUCCAUGAAGAUGACGAACUUCAGGAUUUGACUGGUGGUAAGAAGGUUGUAGAUUGCUUUCCUGUUCAGGUAAACGCAUACUUCAUGAAGAAGUUCCCAUCCUGUCGAGGAUUCUCUAAAACGUUUUGCGGCAAAACAUGGAGAAGAACAAGAGAAGUCGCGUGCGUCGUCAUUGAACAUAAAAUCUUCGAGACCUUUAUUCUAGUUACAAUAUUUGCCAGUAGUGUGACUUUGACAUUUGAGGAUAUAUACCUGGAAGGCAAGAAGACACUUGAAAAUGUUCUAGAUAUUUUAAACUACGUGUUUAUUGUCAUUUUCACACUCGAAAUGUUCAUGAAAUGGGUUGGUCUAGGAUUCAAGAAAUAUUUUUCAAGUUUUUGGUGCUGGCUUGAUUUUAUAAUCGUUAUUAUUUCUGUGCUAAGUUUGUUGGCUGAUGUUGUUGGUUUGGGAAAUUUGACCGCUUUUAGAUCACUCCGAACUUUGAGGGCGUUAAGACCACUUCGAGCUAUAUCAAGGUGGCAGGGAAUGAAGAUCGUAGUAAAUGCGCUGGCGCACGCGAUCCCAUCUAUUGUCAAUGUUCUUCUCGUCUGUAUUGUAUUUUGGCUCAUCUUCAGUAUCGUCGGAGUUCAGUUUUUCGGUGGUAGAUUCUACAAAUGCAUAGAUAAUGAUGGAGAAAUUCUUCCAAUUGAUAUUGUCGACAACAAAACAGAAUGCCUUUAUAAAAACUAUACAUGGACAAAUUCAAAUAUCAAUUUUGAUACAGUAAUCAACGGAUUUGUCGCGCUUUUCCAAGUGGCUACGUUUGAAGGUUGGAUGGAAGUCAUGCAGGCGAGUGUGGACGCUAGAGGGAUUGACAAACAACCUUCAAGAGAGUCAAAUUUUAUCGCUUAUAUAUUUUUCGUCAUUUUUAUCGUGCUUGGCUCAUUCCUAACAUUAAAUCUCUUCAUUGGUGUCAUCAUCGACAAUUUCAAUAAACUAAAGAAAAAGUAUGAAGGAGACAAUACCCUCGACAUGUUUUUGACGAAUAAUCAGAAAAAUUAUUAUUCGACGAUGCGUCGAAUAGGAAUCCGCAAGCCAAAGAAACAGUUAAAGAAACCUACGAAUCGAAUACAAAUUUACAUGUAUGAAUUGACAACAAGCACCCGGUUUGAGAUAGCUAUCGUUUGUAUCAUCUUCUUGAACAUGAUUGCGAUGAUGAUAGAACAUUACCAGCAAGCCCAGAAGAUCACUGACGUUCUGCAAAUUUUAAAUGUCAUUUUCACAAUCAUUUUUACGAUUGAGGCAACGAUGAAACUCAUCGGAUUGCGUUGGCAUUAUUUUAAAGUUCCUUGGAACGCGUUUGACUUUAUUGUUGUCACACUAUCUAUCAUAGGAAUCUUACUAAGUGACGUUCUGUCAGGCACUAUUAUCAACCCGACGUUGCUUCGAGUUCUACGACUGUUUCGAAUUGGUAGAGUGUUGAGACUAAUCAAAGCCGCCAAAGGAAUUCGAAAAUUACUUUUUGCUCUGGUUAUCUCCAUGCCUGCUUUAUUCAACAUUGGAGCAUUAUUAUUCCUUAUUAUAUUUAUAUACUCUAUCAUCGGUAUGGUACAGUUUAGUCGGGUAAAGCACGAUGGGGCACUGGACGACGUGGUGAACUUUGAGACGUGGCCAAACAGUCUGCUGUUGCUAUUUCGAGUAGCGACAUCUGCCGGCUGGAACGACGUUUUAGAGCCUUUGCUCACUUCACCACCAGAUUGUGAUCCCGAUUACGGUGGCUAUCCAAACGGAAACUGCGGAAGCAAAACAUUUGCUAUUUUAUACUUCAUGUCGUUCCUAAUUAUUACAUAUCUUGUGGUUAUUAAUAUGUAUAUUGCCAUUAUACUCGAAAACUUCAGUCAAGCUCAUGCACAAGAAGAAGUCGGAAUUACAGAAGACGACUUCGUCAUGUUUUACCAAAUUUGGGAAAAGUUCGAUCCCUUAGCAACUCAAUUCAUUGCAUAUGAAAAUUUGUCUGACUUCUGUAAUGAACUUGGUCCUCCGCUGAGGCUUACAAAGCCAAACAAUAUAAAAAUUGCGGGUCUCGAUUUGCCGAUCUACGACGACACGAAAUUACAUUGCUUGGACGUAUUGUACGCGUUGACAAAGCGUGUACUUGGUUCAAUUGAGGAAACAGAAGAAUUUAAUCAACUACAGAAACAGAUGCAAGAGCGGUUUAAUGAGUCUUUCCCCGGAAGAGAAAACUAUAAACCAACAACAACCACGAUGCAAAUCAAAAAACGAUCCACUGCCGCUAAAGUUCUCCAACGAUCAUGGCGUUUGUACAAACUGAAAAAGGUUAUUGGGCAAGCGUCGCAAUCUUUCCGUAGCCAAAGUCGAGAAAAUAGUCGCAGACCAUCUAUGGACCAAUUUGAGUCUAGUUUCUCUUCCUAUGGAAAUACAUUAACGGUUCCAGGUCAAGCAAAUGCUUUAAACAAUUGUGUGACGCCACCUACAAUCGAAGAAGAGAAAAAACAACUAAUUGAGACGGACAGUAAAAGUGAAGGGAAGUGUUAUAAAAUUGACGAGCAAUUACAUUACGAGCCGAAGAUUGAGACUGUUGACGCAGUUGGUGAUAAUAAGCAAGAAAACGUGUGAUUAUUUAUGCAAAUACACUUUUUAUACUCUCAAAUUACAAAUUUGGCAAUAGUUAUAUAAAACGAUACAGUAUUGCUAUAUAGGCUAUACAGUAUAAGAAUUGUAUAAGUCUACAUAUUUAUACCAACAUGAAGGUGCAUUACCAUGAUAUAUUUUUUACUUGAGUGGAACUAGUCCAGUACUUCCACAUUGAAGUACGAUACUAGAAUCAAAUAACAUACACACACACACACCCACCCACACACACACAC